UGGUGGUGGGGCUGGAACAGCAGCUCGGCAGAGCAGGGAGCUGGGGCCGCGAGGCCACCAUCAGGAGGCCCUCAGCCACCAUGCACCAGCACUAUAUCCACUUCGCCAAGGGCACCCUGCCCCCCCGGAACCUCACCGAGAGCUACUUCUUGGACCCUGAGUUGGGGCACCAAAAAGGAUGCUGUCACCAGUGGUGCCAUGACCCAGCUGCCCUUCAAGCCCAUGGGCCCUGUCAACCACCCCCCCACGUGCAGUGGCAGCUGGCCUACCACAGCCACCGGGAGGGUGUCAGGGGCUGUUGCCGAGGCCCCCAGCCCCCUAUCUUGCAGCAGCUGCAGUGGCACCCCUGGCCCCCACCUCCUAGCCCCCUGCGUCAGCGGCUCUGUCCUGUUCCCAGUGGCCAGAAGGGGCCACCUACAACCACCACUGCCCCCAUGAGACCGGCCAGCGCCCCCCAGCCACCCACUGCACCCACCACGGCACCUGCCAUGGCCAGCAGCGGCCCAGCCCCGCUCUCCACAGCCCGCAUCCUCCAGGAUCCCAGCAGGCCUGCUGCCGCCCGGGCCCUGCCUGUCCCAGCAUUCUGCGGCCCCUUCACCUCCUACAGCUCCGAUAUCCUGACAGAGGAUGAUGUCUACUGCAGCUGCCUGGCCAAGACCCUCUGCCACGUGCCUGUCCCUGUGACCGUGGGUUUCUAUGCCCCCUUUGGCUGCCGCCUGCACUUAAUGCUGGACAAGAUCACCGAGCUGAUGGAGCAGGAAGCGACGCAGCGCGAGUCGGAGCUGCUGCAACAGGUGCAGUGGCGGCCUCGGUCGGUGAGUGGCUGGAGUUUCCCGCAGCUGCUGUGGUACCUGGUGUUUCUGCAGCCGGUCAUCACUGAGGUGCACCUACGGCGCAAGAACGUGAAGUUCCUCUUCAUCCGCUUCAGCGCCUGGCAGUAUGCGGGUGCCGACAAGCUGUGGGCCGGCUUGGUGACAACACUGUGCGAGGGCAUCCGCCGCCACUACGGCGCGCUGCCCUUCAGCCUGUACUCGGUGCUGGGCAACAAGCCAGCCACGACCAACGGCUUCCGCCAGUGCGAGUGGCACUGCCGGCGCCGAGUGUGCCUGGCGCUGGUGGUGCUGGUGGCGGCGCUGGGCAUUGGCUUGGCCCUGCUCUACCUGUCACUGGGCACCCAUGCGCUGAGCCACACCAGCGCCAACAGCAGCCUGCUGCGAGUGUUCGGCGGUGCAGCCACUACGCUGUCAGGCUCCGGGCUGCUCAUGGCCGUGUACUCGGUGGGCAAGCACCUGUUCGUGAGCCAGCGCAAGAAGAUCGAGCGGCUGGUGUCGCAGGAGAAGUUUGGCAGCCAGCUGGGCUUCAUGUGCGAGGUGAAGAAGGAGGUAGAGCUGCUCUCCGACUUCCUGUGCUUCCUGGAAAUCUACCAGCGGCGCCGUUUGCGUGUGGUGCUCGAGGUCACCGGGCUGGACACUUGCUACCCGGAGCGCGUGGUGGGAGUACUCAACGCCAUCAACACGCUGCUGUCCGACAGCCACGCACCUUUCAUCUUUAUCCUAGUGGUGGACCCCAGCAUCCUGGCCGCGUGCCUCGAGAGUGCCGGCUCGAUGAAGGGCACGGCCGACAACGGCUACCUCUUCCUCAACCGCACCGUCACGCUGCCCUUCUCCGUGCCCAUCAUGGGCCCCCGCACCAAGCUGCAGUUCCUGCACGAUGCCGUGCAGAGCCGCGACGACCUGCUCUACCGCGAGAUGACGCGCCAGCUGCAGCCGCAGCACCCCGUUGGCGACGAGGGCGAGCAGCUGCUGGCGGUGGAGAUGCAGGCGGGGGCCGAGCGCACACAGAGCCGCAUCGACGCCGAGGCAGCGCGCCGCAUCCAGGAGGCGCUCUUUUGCCUGCACAACGAGCGCGACUGCCUCUACGAGUACGUGCCGGACAACGUGGUGUCCAUGCGACGCAUCGUCAACACCGUGCCCAUCACCAUGCGCCUGCUGCAGCAGCAGCAGCGGGAUUUCGGAGGUCCCACGCCACGCCAGGCCGUGGCCUGGGUCGUGCUCGCCAACCAGUGGCCCUGCCGCCUCAGCUGGGUGCUGCAGUGCCUGGAGGACCGGCAGCAGUCCGGGGGCGCACACGAGGCCCGCGCUCGCCUCUGGGACGUGUUCUGCGACAACAGCAGUGAGCUGCACACCAUGACCAAGGCGCUGCAGAAUGUGUUCGACCUGGACGGUGACCCCGAGCUCUUCGAGCGCUUCCUGGGUGCCGACUUCCCCUUCACCGUAGCCGAGGCUCAGAGCCUGCUGCGCUGCACCAUCAACCUGGACCACUCCAUCCGCCGCCGCAUGGGCCUCAUCCGGGCGGUCAGCUCGCUCAAGCCGCCCAGCCCGCCCAAAUCCCCGGCCAGCGAUGCCCCCCGCGCCGCCAACAAAGCCAACCACGGCCCCCGGGUGGCCAAUGCAGCCAACGGAGCCAACCACGCCCCGAGGGCAGCCCAGUUAGGCCACCCCUCAGGACACAACUCUGCGCACAUCAGCGAAGACCGCCACCCAGCAGGGCAUGCCCCUGUGCACAUCAGCGAGGCCCGCCACCCGGCAGGGCAUGCCCCUGUGCACAUCAGCGAGGCCCGCCACCCAGCAGGGCAUGCCCCUGCGCAAGUCAGUGAAGCCCACUACCCACGGGAUUCAACCCACAGGGACAAGCCGAGAACCUGGCUUGAGCUCUCUGUGGAAUCUAACUUAGGGGGGCAUUGAAUGGAGGACUCCCGGGGCAGCAGGGGACAACAGCUUUCCUCUGCCUGCCCAAAUGAGGACACAUGUAGGGGACCCAACUGGGCCCAAGGCCCAGGGUCCAGUGUUGGGAAUGAGGACUUUGGUGGCUAUAUUCCCCAGGUGAACCUGUGAGCCAGAGAGCUGUUGGCAGUAGCUGACAAUAGUGCCAAUGUCCGAAAGCUGGCACCAAAGGACCACUGAGGAACUCAGGGUUCAAGCGCCAAUAAAUGAAGGUAUG